AUGGGAGAAAAGAAGGAUAGGAUUAGUUGGAAGGUUCAAGGUGUAGAAAAAACGUUUCUAGAAGCUUGUUUACGUGAAGUUACGGUGAAUGAGCGGGAAGGGAGUAGUUUGAAAGCAUUAUCUUGGAGGAAUGUAGCUGAAACAUUAAAAAUUGAACACAACUUUAUUGCGGACCAAAAACAAAUGAAGAACUGCUAUGACUACCUAAAGUCAAAGUUUGUCAAACAAACAUGUGGAUUUUUUCAGACAUAUGCCAUUACCCUACCCGACCUUUGCACACAGUUGUUUGAAGGCGCAACUGCGACAGGCAUAAAUAGUUGGGGACCAACUUCUACCCUUCCCCGUCCUAUUCAAGAGUCAAGCCACUAUAGUUUGCAUGACUUUGAUGACAUCGAUUGCACUCAACAAGAAACUGUAGGUCUCAGUGACGAGUCAUCUGCUCAAUAA